AUGGCCACGCCGGCCACUCGCUUCCUGCGGCUCAGCCGCGACGCGGCCAGCGCCAGCAGGUCCUCGUCACCCUUGGGAGCGAUGGUGGCGAGCGGCGGGGACGAUCCCUCGGGGUUUGUGUUCGACGUUCGCUCCGGGGCCGUGCGGGCUCAGGGCGGCUCCGAGAACAUGAGGGAGAAGGUCCAGGCCGUUCGUGCCGUGGUUCCGAACCGCAGCAACACCGAGAUCGUGCUGGUGCUGCAGCACUUUGACAACGCCGUGGAGAGAGCCGUGACCGCCUUCAUGGAGGUGCUGGUGCUGCAGCACUUUGACAACGCCGUGGAGAGAGCCGUGACCGCCUUCAUGGAGGGCUGCAGCCUGGACAGGUCAGUGAAGGAUCUCCAGCGCUGCUCCGUGGCCCUGGCUCGGUUCAGGGCCCUGCUCAGGGACGAGUGGUUUCAUUUCCCAGGCUGCAGCCUGGACAGGUCAGUGAAGGAUCUCCAGCGCUGCUCCGUGGCCCUGGCUCGGUUCAGGGCCCUGCUCAGGGACGAGGUGGAAAAUUCCCUGAGGAGAGCCAGGGCAGCCUUUGGGGACAUCCAGAGCUGUCUCAUGGAUCGUGAGGUCGCUCUCCUGGCCGAGAUGGACAAAGUCAAGGCGGAAGCAAUGGAGCUGCUCUCUCUCCGGCAGCGCCGGGCCGAGUCUCUGCGCGCUCUGACCGAGGCGGCUCCGGCCAUGUCAGAGCAACAACUGCAGGAGCUGAGAGCUGACAUCAAACACUUUGUCAGUGAGAGGAAGUUCGAUGAGGAGCUGGGCCGGGCCGGGCGCUUCGGCUGCGACCUCGAGGCGCUGAGGGGCAGCAUCGGGGCCUUCGGGCAAGGUGGGUCUGGGAAAUCCCGGAAAAUCCCGGAAAAUUCCUGAAAAUCCUGCCCUGGGAAUGUCCCUGCCUUCGGGCAAGGUGGGUCUGGGAAAUCCCGGAAAAUCCUGAAAAUUCCAGGAAAUUCCAUGGGAAACUGCCCUGGGAAUGUC